AUGGAUAUGGAUAAUCGCAUUCGACAAAUCGCUCUAGAUUUACAAGAAGAAAGUUUGUUAGCGAAACUAAGUGCAGGUGAUAUGGUUGCACUGGAAGCCAAAUACCAUAAAUCAUGUUUAACAUCAAUUUGUAAUCGUGCGCGGUCACGCAGAUCACACGAAUUAAGGGCGAACGAAAAAGAUUCCAAUGUCGUACAUGGAAUAGUCUUGGCAGAACUGGUUUCAUACAUAGAAGAUACUCGAGAAGAAACCAAUUCUUUGUCAGUUUUCAAACUGAGCGAUUUGUCAAAAAUGUAUGCAUCGCGUUUAGAACAAUUGGGAAUUGAAUCAACCAGCGAAAUACACUCGACAAGAUUGAAGAACAGAAUUAUUGCCAGAAUUCCAAGUAUACACGCUUAUCAAGAAUGGCGUGAGAUUCUUCUCGCCUUCGAUUCCGACAUAGGCACAGCACUUAAAAGAUCACAACGUGACGAUAGCGACGAUAAAGCAUCUUGUCUUGCAAAAGCAGCUAACAUAGUUAGGAAAGAUAUGUUGGAAAAGAAGACGUCAUUUACUGGGACAUUCGAGAAGAACUACCAGAAUGACUCCAUUCCCCAAUGUCUUUACUCGCUGGUAAAUAUGAUUUUGCAUGGACCAAAUAUCCGCAAGCAAGCUGAAAACAAAUCAACCCAGGCUACACUUACUGUUUCUCAGCUACUCCAAUUUAACAGUUAUUUUUCAAAUCGAAGUGGAUGUUCCCAUCAUGAUCAUCACAAUAGAUGUCGUGAAACACCUCUUCCUAUCUACCUGGGACUUUCUAUUCACGCCCGGACACGUAAACGCGACUUAGUGGACAAUUUCUUUAAGCUUGGUCUUUCGGUAUCGUACGACCGAGUUGUUAGUAUAUCUACUGAUAUCGGGAAUACUAUUUGUCGAAAAUUCCAAGACGAAAACUUAGUGUGUCCUGCUAAGCUGCGGAAAGGCAUUUUCACCACCUCUGCAGUAGAUAACAUUGACCACAACCCCAGUUCAAACACUGCUAAAGGGUCUUUUCAUGGAACCGGGAUAUCUUUAUUUCAGAACGUAUCGCGGGAAUAUCCUGGGAUAGAACAAGAACAAAUAUCUCUGGAGCACCGUAGUAAACUUGAUAAGAAGAAAGUCUGCGAACUGCCUGAUUGGUAUACAGAUGUUCCUCCUUGUAUUCUGAGAGAUGCGAAUGCACAUACAACAAACAAUGGUACGCUAAGAACUGACGAGGAUUAUCUAUCUAUUGCUCUUCAAGAUGAAAUUGAGUGGGUGCAGCAAGUAAAACGAGGCGUGGAGGAAGAGACGCUUCCAGAAGGUGAAAUGGUAUCAUGGUCUGGUUACCAUGCAAGUAAGCAGCAACAGCGAAAUUUGAAACCAGCAGUUUCAUCAUUACUGCCAUUAUUUCAAAAUGAAUCUAAAUCAGUUGCCAUGAUUCGCCACAGUAUGAAUAUUAUCAAGAAAACAACGGAACAUCUAAAUCCUGGCCAGGUUCCUGUGAUAGCUGUUGAUCAACCAUUGUUUGCCGUGGCAAAGCAAAUACAAUGGAACUGGCCGCAAACCCACGGUGAGCAAAACUUUGUCAUUCUACUUGGUGGUCUACACAUCGGGAUGGUAGCCUUGAAAAUGCUUGGUGAUUGGUUGGAAGACAGUGGCUGGACAAGUGCGCUGGUAGAGGCAGGGAUUGCGAACUCGGGAGUGGCAAAUUCAUUCGUCAAGGCCUCGAAUGUCAAGCGUGCAAGGCGUGCUCAUCAGCUAACAGCAAGUGCGUUGUAUGCAUUGCUCAACAAAGCAUAUGCCAAGAGAGAAAAAGAAAUGGCAUUGGAACAUACUCUAUCCUUCGACAAAUGGUGCGAAGAAAGGAUGUCAAGUUCACCGCACUUUCAGUUCUGGCAUAUUGCAUUACAACUGGAAUUACUUUACUUGGUAUUUGUGCGCUCAUUUCGAGAAUCAGAUUUCGAGUUGUAUCUAGAUGCAAUUCAGAAAUUAGCAGCUUGGCGUUUUGCUUUAGAUCACACAAAUUACGCCAGAUGGCUUCCAAUCCACUUGCAGGACAUGCUGUCCCUUGAAGAAAAGCAUCCAUAUGUGUAUCAUCAGUUCCUGAACAAUGGAUUCGUUGUUCAGAAGACGUCAAGAAGGUUCUCAUCAAUAGCUGUUGAUCAAGCCCACGAGCAAAACAAUUCAUUGGUUAAAGGAGAUGGGGGAGCUAUCGGGCUCACGGAGAACGCUGGUACACUUCGUCGGUGGAUGAUUUCAGGACCUGAAAUUGCGAGAAUGAUUACAGAGUUUGAAACAAGUCAGAUCUGCUGCAAUGCAUAGAAGCAGUCAUUCCUGCUGUCGCUGAUUCUCCAAACUCUAUAGAUGUUACUAUUAUAGACGGCGCCGCUGCAAUUAACAUGCUUAAACCCACGCCGGCAGUGAAAACCUUCCACGAUUAUGCUGAACAUGUGUUUAUUCCUUACAUCAAAGGACAGUUACAGCACGCAAAGAGAGUUGAUGUAGUAUGGGAUGAGUAUACACCAAAUAGCCUAAAAGAAACAACGAGGAAAAAACGUGGAAGAGGCAUCCGCAGAAGGGUCCAGUCAUCAACAAAGCUGCCAAGCAAAUGGCAUGAAUUUCUCCGAGUGAAUGAAAAUAAGACGGAACUAUUUGCAUUUUUGGCAAACCACAUCCUUUCCGCUGAUUUUGGAAGUAACAAGCAGGUUAUCAGUACCCUCGGUCAACAAGUUCUCUGCAAUCCGCCUCGUGAUAACACAAACAGCCUCGCUCCUUGUGACCACGAAGAAGCAGAUACAAGAAUGAUGGUUCACGUCGCAGACGCCGUUCAAAAAGGAUUAACAAAAAUACUUUUACGAACGGUAGAUACAGAUGUUGUCGUAAUUGCGAUCGCAGUCUCACACACAUUGAGUACUUCCGAGUUGUGGAUACCUUUUGGCGUGGGGAAAAACCUGAGAUUCCUACCUGUUCAUGAAAUUGCCUCGAGUUUGGGUCCCGAAAAAUCGAAAGCUCUGCCGAUGUUUCAUGCCGUUACAGGCUGUGAUACAGUUUCAUCUUUUUCUGCUAAAGGCAAGAAAACAGCAUGGAAAACGUGGCUCUCAUAUCACGAGGUUACAUCUGCUUUUCACCUCCUGUCUGACCGACCAGAAAGUGUAACGGAUGAGUGCAUGGACAUCCUCGAGCGAUUCACCGUCCUUCUUUACGACCGAACAUGUCCGAAAAUGAAAGUCAACGAAGCACGUAAGAUGUUGUUCGCACAGAAAGGAAGGUCUCUUGAGUUGAUCCCUCCUACCCGAGCAGCCUUGGUUCAACAUGUGAAAAGAGCCGUCUAUCAAGGAGGAUAUUGCUGGGGACAAGCUACGACUCCUAUGGCUCUUUUGCCUUCCCCCAGUGAGUGGGGCUGGUUGCAAACCGCAGACGGUUGGAAACCAUUUUGGAGCACUCUUUCUGAUGUGUCAAUGACGUGCAAUGCCCUUAUACGCUGUGGUUGCAAGAAAGGGUGUCGAGGAAAUUGCUCUUGUCGUAAAGCAGCUUUGCAAUGUACUGCACUGUGUGCAUGUGAUGGCGAGUGCAUAAAAGAAUGA